AUGAUACCCAAGUGUUUAACCUCAGUAUGUAGCAGUUACUUGCAUACAAGAUUUUAUAGUGGCUUUUUACAUUUAAGGUUUCUUGAGACUGUGGAACUGCAGAUCAGCUUGAAGAACUACGAUCCCCAGAAGGACAAGCGUUUCUCAGGCACUGUCAGGCUGAAGACCACCCCACGUCCCAAGUUCUCCGUGUGCAUUCUUGGUGACCAGCAGCAUUGUGAUGAAGCCAAGGCCGCUGAGCUUCCACACAUGGACAUCGAGGCUCUUAAAAAGCUCAACAAGAACAAGAAAAUGGUCAAGAAGCUGGCAAAGAAGUACGAUGCUUUCCUGGCUUCUGAGUCUCUGAUCAAGCAGAUUCCUCGUAUCUUGGGACCUGGCCUCAACAAGGCAGGAAAGUUCCCCUCUCUGCUCACCCAUAACGAGAACCUGGCCACCAAGGUGGAUGAAGUGAAAUCCACCAUCAAAUUCCAGAUGAAGAAGGUUCUGUGUCUGGCUGUGGCCGUUGGUCACGUCAGGAUGACUGAGGAAGAGCUGGUCUACAACAUCCACCUGGCUGUGAACUUCCUGGUGUCUCUGCUGAAGAAGAACUGGCAGAAUGUCAGAGCGCUCUACAUCAAGAGCACAAUGGGAAAGCCACAGCGCCUCUAUUAGAGACUCUGUUCCUCAAGUUUCUACAAUAAAUGUGGAGUUGAUCCAAA